UUAGUUAUAGCUCAGCUUCAGAACACACUGGUCGUAAUGCAUAUUUUUGGACUACUCGUGGCGAUCGUUUGCGGUCUACUCUGCGUCGCUGCCGAUCCCCAGCACACAUACGAUGGCCGGAAUGGACCCCACGUCUUUGGCACGCCGGGCAAUCAAGUCUACAUACGAGGACAGAACGAUGGCGCGUACACUGUGCCCGGAGUGGCCGGCCAGUUCCAGCACUCAUCGGCGCCCAAGGAACACGUCUACACGGACGAACUGGGCAACACCUAUGUAAAUCAUAGGAAGGCUGGACGACCAGGUGGUUCCCAUACAAUCAGCGGUCCUGGUCUUGUCGCUGUAAAUCCCUCUUCGUCCUAUCCCGUAGCUGCCGGUGGCCCUGCUCUACGUAGACCACGUAGCCCCCAGUUCCAUGUGGAGAGGCCUGGUCGCACGGUUGAUUACGGCAACGGUGGAUUUGUGGUUCAAAGGCAGAGCCGCAGCCCCCAGUUCCAUGUGGAGCGACCUGGUCGCACUGUGGACUACGGAAACGGUGGAUUUGUGGUUCAAAGGCAGAGCCGCAGCCCUCAGUUCCAUGUGGAGCGUCCUGGUCGCACUGUCGAUGUCGGUUCGGGUGGAUUUGUAGUUCAAAGGGAGCGCCGCAGCCCCCAGUUCCACGUGGAGCGUCCUGGUCGCACUGUGGACUAUGGCAACGGAGGAUUUGUGGUGCAGAGGAGCAGUCGCAGCAUUAAUGAUGCCCGCGUGCAGGGUGAGAAUUUUGUGGCUCGUGACGAUCAAGCUGGCGUGUGGAAUGACAAAGUUUCGGAGUGGAAGCGGACGGACGGACGAACAGUUAUCGUGGACAGCAAUGGAAAUGUCCAUGUCUCUGGCCAUGGACAUGAUCAAGUUUGGUAGAAUGUGUACGAAGCGAGAUAUUAUUUAUCAGCCCC